CAGAAGCUCGCAUCGUGCACGUGUGACAGGAAUAUGGGACUGUAGACAAAAUACCAAAUGUACAGUAUACGAGAAAUACACGAGCACAUGUUGUCAUUUGUUGAGGAAGACGAUGUCCUAUAUUCAGCUGCCGGAGGAGAUUUGGAUCCACGUGUUUGGAUUUCUGUCUGUUCGUGACAAACUGAGUGUUCGUGUGAGCUGUACGUAUUUUAAGGGACUGAUCGACCACUGGGCAUUAUGGAAAGACAGCGUUCUGGUCAUCCAAAAGCCUGGAGUCUAUGACACACAUUUCUGGAAAACUCUUUCCCGGAGGAAAGUCAAGUCCGUAGUUGUUGAAAAGGCAAAGGUGAAAGUCUUGCAGCAGAUCGUGCUGUAUCUGCCGUGGGUCACCUCAGUGAAUCUGCUGGAGUGCAGCGAUGGCUCAGCUCUGGUUACUCUGGCGGCUUUAAAACACCUCGACAGGCUGGUCAUCUGCCAGUGUAGCUGUCGGAGUUUGAUCAGCUCGCUUUUAUCUUUGAGAAAUCUGACUCAUCUGUGCUUGUGUGAAAUCCAGGAAGCCUCGAUAGCGGAGAUCAGAAAUGUCCUUUCACAACUUACCAAUCUUACUUCACUGCACUACCAUGAUGAUAAAAAUCCCAUCAGCAAAACUGCGCUUCAUAGCCUUUUAACGCGUUUGAACAACCUAAAACACCUCUCUCUGAAACUGGGACCAAAGUAUGGGAUCAUGCCUGUUGAUUAUUUUUGUCCUGCUGGAGCAUGUGGGCAUUCAGCAGGCGAAGAGUCUGUCCUGCACAGCCUGGAGCUGCUGAACUAUGAAGACUCCUGCCUGUCCCCUGAUGCCUUCAGCGCUCUGUCUUCUCUGACCAAACUCUCAGUGCAUUAUAAAACGUGUAUCGUCUGUCCUCUUGGUUGCCCCUUCACAAAAUGUUUGCAAGAGCUUUGUAUGCUCUCAGAGCUUAACAUUUCCUAUGGAUACCCUCUGGAAAUGUACGCUGGCUCCAUCCCCAGGACUGUGCGUCGUCUGUCCCUCAUGGGAGUGAAGGCAGAUCUGGCGUCAGUCAGGAUCCUGGCUAAACGGCUGCCAGAACUCCUCCACCUUCACCUGGACCUGUACUGUCAUGAAAUCUCUCACAUAAUCGCAGAAAUGCCACAGAUGUUCCCAAAGCUGCAGAUCCUAAAAGUGAGACAUCAUAAUGUUCCAGCAUCAGUGUUCCUCCAGCUUCAGCAUCUGCCCCGACUCAGGCAGUUGGUGAUUCUGGAUGCACCCCAAGGCCCCAGUCCUGCUGUCUUAGAUCUGACUCAAAAACUUCAAACACAAACAAACAAUAGGGUCCAUGUGCUUCAUUCUCAUUUAAAGGACCAGACCACAUGUUUUUGUGGAUUUUAUUGAUGGAUCUGAUUGCUUCCUUAAAUACAAGUGUCUAUUUAUAUGCAUCAGCAUGAAGUGCUUUUGUUACAAAGUGCUAUAUAGUUUUAUAAAUAAUAUAGAAGAUAUGUUUUUGUAAUAUAAAAGUCUAUUUGUCUGUUUGCAAACGUGUUCCAUUAAAGCAAUGAAAGAAA